CUUUUUUCUCGAGGGAAAUUUUCAAUUUUUUAAAAAAAACAAUUUAUUUUUUAAAAUUGCUUUUUAGAAUAGAUUUUUUUAAAAAAAAUUUGUUCCCAAUGCAUCUUCUGUUGCUUGCCACCUGUUGGUCCCUGGUCUUGGCAGUGCACAACUGGGGUCGUUUCAGUGGAUAUCAGGAAGAAAUUGUAUUUCCUGAGAGACUGAAUGUCAGCACCCAUUCUGCGGGUCAGGAUACUUCUGAGAACAGCCUGGGGGGUGGCAAAAGGAAACUAGAAGCGCUGCUUUUGUACCGUCUCCAUGUAUUCGGGGAAGAAUUAGUCCUUAGUUUAGAAAAAGACCCCAGUUUCUACUCAGAGGGCUUGACUGUACAGUACUUAGGCAGGUCCGGGCAAGCGGUGGACGGGCCAACGGAUCAAGGAACUUACUUCACUGGCACCGUGAACUCUGAUCCAGAAUCGAUUGCAGCGGUCAACUUUGACGGGCUGUCUUUGCUGGGGGUGCUGCAGUACCGUGGCGUAGAGUACCACGUGCAGCCUCUGGAAGGGGGUGUACCAAACACGGCAGGAGGAGUCGGUGCCCACGUGGUGAGGAAGAAGGUGUCCGAGAAAGUGGAUGGCCCCAUGUGUGGCGUCGGAUCCCAGAUUCCGGACAGCGUGCCAGCUCCAGGAGAUAAACCAUUGGCUAAGACGGAUGGAUCCCCCAGGAGAGCAAAGAGGUUUGUUUCCGUCACUCGCUACGUGGAGACGCUGGUGGUGGCUGACGAGGAGAUGGCGCGUUUCCAUGGGGCGGGCCUCAAGCGCUACCUGCUCACCAUCAUGGCGGCGGCCGCCAAGUUCUUCCGCCACCCCAGCCUGAAGAAUCCCGUCAAUCUGGUUGUGACCAGGGUGGUGGUGAUUGGGCAAGCCAGGGACGGGCUGGAGGUGUCCUCUAACGCCGCUGAGACCCUGCGGAACUUCUGCAAGUGGCAGAAAGGACUCAACAAGCUUGACGAUGAGGAUCCGGAGCACUUUGACACGGCUAUCCUCUUCACCAGAGAGGAUCUCUGUGGGCGCGAUAGCUGUGGCACUCUGGGUAUGGCAGACGUUGGCACUGUGUGUGACCCGGCGCGCAGCUGUUCCAUCGUUGAGGACGACGGGCUCCAGUCUGCCUUCACCGCAGCACAUGAACUCGGUCACGUCUUCAAUAUGCUCCAUGAUAACGACAAGCACUGCAGAGACCUAAACCAGGCAACCAGCUCAAACCACAUGAUGGCCUCCGUCAUGACCCCCGUGGACCCCGAGGAGAUGUGGUCACCAUGCAGUGCCCGGUUCAUCACUGAUUUCCUGGACAAUGGACAUGGCGAAUGCCUCCGAGACAAGCCGCACAAACCCCUGCGCCUACCGGCUGCCUUCCCCGGCGGUGAUUACAAUGCAGACCAGCAAUGCCAGCUGAGCUUUGGAGCUGACUCGCGUCACUGCCCCAACCUCCAACCGCCAUGUGGCGCGCUCUGGUGCACGGGUCGGAUCAACGGGCAAUUCAUGUGCCAGACGAAAUACUUCCCCUGGGCCGACGGGACGCCUUGUGGCGAAGGGAAGAGCUGCAUGAAAGGACAGUGCAUCAGCGAAAGGGAGCUGAAAGCCUAUAAUAUUCCCACCCACGGUGGCUGGGGGCCCUGGGGUCCGUGGGGAGAGUGCUCGCGCACCUGCGGAGGAGGAGUGCAGUAUUCCUCUCGGGCAUGCAACAAGCCAGUCCCACGCAAUGGCGGGAAGUACUGCGAGGGAAAGCGCACCCAGUACCGCUCCUGCAAUGUCCAGGACUGCUCUAAUGGCAAUGCCAUGACCUUCCGAGAACAACAGUGCGCUGCUUACAACCACCGAGAGGACAUGUUCAAGGGCUACCCUUCGCCCAUGGACUGGGUACCCCGCUACAGUGGCGUGGCUGAACGUGAUCAGUGCAAACUGACCUGCCAGUCCUAUGCCUUGGGCUACUACUAUGUCCUGGAACCAAGGGUGGCCGACGGAACACCCUGCUCCCCCGAAUCGACCUCGGUCUGUGUUCAGGGACGCUGCAUCCACGCUGGCUGCGAUCGAGUCAUUGGCUCGAAGGUGAAGUUUGACAGAUGCAUGGUGUGCGGAGGAGACAACUCCAGCUGCACCAAGACCUAUGGCUCCUUCACCAAGCCCAGGUACGGUUACAACAACGUGGUCACCAUUCCGGCAGGAGCCACCCACAUCAUGAUCCGCCAGAGCAGCGGCUCGAACUCUUCCAACGACGGCAUCUACUUAGCUCUGCGCCGGCAAGACGGCUCGUACGCCCUCAACGGCAAUUACGUCCUCGUGCCUUCGGAGCAAGACGUCCAUCUUCAGAAGGGGGUCACCUUGCGCUACAGCGGGGCCACCAAAACCAUGGAGACUAUCACGGGACGUGGACCGCUGAAGGAGUCUCUCACUUUGCAAGCCUUGGUGGUGACCGACCAUAAGGCUCCACGCCUCAAGUACACCUUCUUCGUCCCCAAACGCACUAAGACACCAUCAAACCAGUGGCUGAAGCAGAGGGCCCACAUCUUAGAGGUCUUAAGGAGCCGUCGAGGCCGCAAAUAGAUCCGUGAGGUGAUUCUGGGCGGUUCCUGGCUCUUCUAAACCACAAAGUGGUUUUUUUUGGAAAGGAAGGGACUCAGAGGUAGAAUGUACAUUACUGCUCUUUCAAAGGUGACAAACCACCAACCAUUUCAAGGGAACCUGACUAGUAUCAUGGUUGGACUUUUUUUUUACAUGGGUAACUAACAGGUACCAUGGUUGGUUCCUGCUCGACAGCUGCCAGCGUAUCCCUGAGCCCUUCCAGAACUUUCCACAGUUUCAGACUUUUCUUUAUCGGGGUCUUACUCGGCUAUGCCUGGACACUUGGCAACGCAGGACGCAAACCAAGAGACUGCCAGGAAAGCCACUCAGAGGCCACAAAGAGGGUGUUGCUCAGGUGGCCGGUGUUGGUUCGGCAGGCCUGCCCAUGACAGAAAUGUGGGGUGACCAAACCAGACUUUGGAAAAGAAUUGACGGAGUGGGGAAGCGUCUCUCUUGUUCCUGAUUUGACAAGAAAGGGUGGUUGGUGGACAUGGGAAAGGAGAGACUGAGGCCAGCGGGCAUCGCUGCUGGAAAAAUUCCAUUUGGCUUAGCCGAAGCUUCCAUGAGGCCUAGUUUUACGAUCCAUUGCGGCUGCACCAUUGGCUGGAACUGAUUCCUGACCACACCUCUACUGUAUUUAUUAUCAGAUUUAUUUAUUGGCCACUCUGGAGAUGCAGAGCACUAAUUGUGGGGAGGUUUUCUUUUCUUUUUUCUCAAAGAACACAGGCAGCAAUGUUCCUUCGCCCUCACCGCAACUUGGCAAAUUCACACCACACGUUUUCUGGGACAGCCAGGAAAUGUGCUUGAGAGAGAGAGAGAGAGAGAGAG